ACUUGUUUAGUGAAAGGUUCUGGUUCAGAAAAGAAAACAAACCUUUGAAACGGUUGGAAUGUCCUACAGACCAUGAAUGUAGCAAAAAAUCGGUUUCCGUGGCAACGCCUCACAACGACUGAGACGAAGAUGGUUUACAUCACAGAGGAGCUGAUCCGUCGACGGGCCGAACACAAUGACUGUGAGAUCUUCUCCCUGGAGGAGGUUUCUCUGCACCAGCAGGACAUAGAGAGGAUCGAACACAUCGACAGGUGGUGCAGGGAGCUGAAGAUCCUCUAUCUACAGAACAACCUCAUCCCCAGAAUUGAGAAUCUAGGCCGUCUGAAGAAGCUGGAGUAUCUGAAUCUGGCCUUGAACAACAUUGAAGUCAUUGAAAACCUUGAAGGCUGCGAGAGCCUCCAGAAGUUGGAUCUGACGGUGAACUUCGUCGGGCUCCUGAGCAGCGUGGAGUCCCUGAAACACAACAUCCACCUGAGAGAGCUCUUCCUGGUGGGGAAUCCCUGCACAGAGUUCCAGGGCUACAGACAGUAUGUUGUGGCUGCGCUGCCUCAGUUAAAGCAGUGGCUGGACGGGACGGAGAUCAGCCGAUCGGAGCGAAUUCGAGCCUCACAGGGUCUGGAGCAGGCGAGGAGACGAGUCAGAGAGCAGGAGAAUGAAUACCUGAGGAGGAGAGAGGAGCAAAAAGAGGAGGCUGCACGAGGAAAGAAAGAAAAGAAAACAGGCUUCGACGGCCGCUGGUACACUGACAUCAACAACACAGAUUCACAAGACAAGGAGAACCAGGAGUUGAAGGAGAACUUGAGGAGCCCAGAGAAGGAGGAGCAGGCGGAGGAGGAGGAGCAGGAGCAGGAGCGAGAGUUCUGGCACACGCCGUGUUCUUUCACCCCCGAGUCUCGUCUGGAGGCUCAUCGCCACUUGGAAGAGAAGAGGAAGGCAAACAAGAAGGAGACGGAGAAUAAGACCAAGGCCACAAGGACUCUGAUCACUGCUGAUGGACGAGUGAUGAAUGUCAACGAGCCCAGGCUGGCCUUUUCUCUGACUGAGGAUGAAGAAAACAACGCUGUUAUGUUGGACCUGGCGGUUUAUAGACACAUGGACACCUCCCUGAUGGAUGUGGACGUUCAGCCGACGUACGCAAGAGUCAGCGUCAAAGGAAAGAUAUUUCAGGUGGUUCUUCCUGCUGAGGUGAAGCCCGACAGCUCGACGGCUCAGCGGUCCCAAACCACCGGACACCUGGUGCUGAGGAUGCCCCGGGCUAAAGGUGAGCUCAAAGUGAAGAAGACUAUCCCACGUCCAUGCGGAGAGAGUCAAAGCUGCUGCAGCUCUGCAGAAGACAAGAGCAGAAAUAAGAAAAUUCCUGAGAGGCUGGAAGUUGAUCCCAGUAAGCGUACAUCCGUUGACAUCGCCAACAUCGUGCGGAGCACUGGAGAAGGUCCACUGGAAAACGCCAGGACCAGUCAUCCAGAAGACCUCCCUGACGGUUUUCUGGAUGAUCCUGAGGUUCCUCCACUCAUAUAAAAUGUUUUAAGUAGUAAAGAUACACACCUCUUGUACAGAGCCUGUGAAGAAAAUGAUGCAUAGACAAAUCCUGAUGGGAUGUUUCAGAUCUGGUUAAGUAUCCGUAAUAUCUGCAACAGUAACAAAACCUCAGAGGAUCCUGACAGAAAAGUCAGAUUGUGUCUUAGACCUUCAGUAAAAAAGAUUAUGUUUUGGUCAGUUUUGGGUAUUUUUAAUCUAAUUUUGUCAAUAAAAAAGCAUCAAAUCAAGGUUUUGGUUUGCCCUAAUCUUGUAAAAUACAACAGAAACUACAUAAAUAUGACUUAAAUCUGCUGCGAUACUUUAAAAUAAAACAGCAAUUAACAUCCAAA